GGCGCCUCGCCCCGACGGGAACCCCACGGGCGCCACGGCCCGGCCUCCGCCCGCGGGUUUUCCGCGGUCGCAGGGGCGGGGCGGGGCGGGGCGCCUGAGCCCGCGAUGCUGAAGAUGAUGACCUUCUUCCAGGGCCCUCCAGGCCAGCGGCCUGUACCAGGGACCCUCGACUUUCUCGGAAGCCCCCCAAAGCCGCGCUCCCCAUCAGAGGCAGAGUCAGAGGCCUCCAUGUUGGAGGCCUCCUCUGAGGACCUGGUGCCACCCCCGGACGCCGGGACAGCCCCGGAUAAGGAGGAAGAACAGGCUGCCAAGAAGAAGAGGCCCAAAGGCCUGGCCACCAUGUUCAGCGUCUUUACCAAAGGGAAGAAGAAGAAGGGCCAGCCCAGCUCGGCCGAGCCCGAGGCCGAGCCGCAGGCCAGGCCGGGGCUGGAAGGCCGCCUGCCCUCGGUGGAGGAGCUCAAGGCGGCGCUGGAGCACGGACGGCUGGAGGCAGCGCGGCCGCUGCUGGCGCUCGAGCGGGGCUUGCGGGCGGCGGCGGCCGCGGGCGGCACGAGCGCCGAGGAGCUGGUGCGGCGCCAGAGCAAGGUGGAGGCGCUGUACGUGCUGCUGCGGGACCAGGUGCUGGGCGUCCUGCGGCGGCCGCUGGAGGCGGCGCCCGAGCGGCUGCGCCUGGCGCUGGCCGUGCUGGCCGAGCAGGAGCGCGAGGACAGCCAGGCGGCCACGGAGCCCGCGCCGGGGGCGGCCGCCCUGGCGCCCACGCGCCCGCGGGGCUGGCUGCGGCUGUGGCGUCGCGGCGUGGCCGAGGUGGCGGCCGAGCGCCUGAGCCGGCGGCCGGCCGCGGGCGCCGACGGCCGCUCGGAGACGGAGAGCGCGUUCCUGCACAUGGGCCGCACCAUGAAGGAGGACUUGGAGGCCGUGGCCGAGCGGCUGAAGCCGGUGUUCCCCGCCGAGUUUGGCGUCGUGGCUGCCUACGCCGAGAGCUACCACGAGCACUUCGCCGCUCACCUGGGCGCCCUGGUGCAGUUCGAGCUGUGCGAGCGGGACGUCUACAUGCUGCUGGUCUGGGUGCAGAACUUCUACCCCAACGACAUCCUGAACAGCCCCAAACUGGCAGGCGAGCUGCAGGGGCUCAGGCUCGGGAGCCUCCUGCCCGCCCCGCAGAUCCGGCUGUUGGAGGCCACAUUCCUGUCCAACGAGGUGGCCAACGUGAAGGAGCUGAUGUCCCGUGCCCUGGAGCUGGAGUCACAGCGCUGGGCCCAGGAUGUGGCCCCCCAGAGGCUGGACGGCCGCUGCCACAGUGAGCUGGCUAUCGACAUCAUGCAGAUCGUCUCCCAGGGACAGACCAAGGCCGAGACCAUCACUCCUGACCUGGGCUUGCAGACACAGAAGGUGCUGCUGGUGGAGCUGGCCGAGUUCCUGAGGAGCUACCAGGCCAGCUUUGCCGAAUUUCUGGAGAGAGGCAGACAGCUGAGAAAUUACAGGGCCAAUGUCAUUGCCAACAUCAACAACUGCCCGUCCUUCCGGACAUCCGUGGAACAGAAGUGGCAGACACUGCAGGACCCCCCAAGCCGCCUGCUGGACCCCCUGAGUGAGCUCAAGAGCCAGGGCUUCGACGCGCUGCUGCAGAGCCUGUUCUCGGACCUGAAGCCGCUGUUCAAAAGGUUCACGCAGACCCGCUGGGCCGCCCCCGAGCAGACCCUGGAGGAGAUCGUUGGCACCGUGCUCACAAGGCUGCCCGAGUUCUCGGAACUGCAGGACUGUUUACGGGAGGAGCUCAUGGAGGUGAUACACCUGCACCUGGUGAAGGAGUACAUCGUCCGCCUGAGCAAGCGGCGCCUCGUGCUCAAGACAGCCGAGCAGCAGCAGCAGCUGGCCAGGCACGUGCUGGCCAAUGCCGAGGUCAUCCAGCGCGUCUGCACUCAGCACGGUUCCUCUGCGACCUGGCUGCACCCUGCCCUCCCCACUCUCGCUGAGAUCAUUCGCCUGCAAGACCCCAGUGCCAUCAAGAUCGAGGUGGCCAUGUAUGCCACCUGCUACCCCGACUUCAGCAAGAGCCACCUGAGCGCCAUCCUGGCCAUCAAGGGGAACCUGCCGAGCAGCGAGGCCAAGAGCAUCCGCAACAUCCUGGACGUCCACACGGCGGCGCAGGAGCCUUCCAGGUCCCUGUUCUCACUUAUAAACGCGGGUUAGCCUU